UCUGGCUGAAAUUGCGACCAAACACUACCAUUCACAGUCUCGCGAGUGAUUUUUUUUUUCUGCCCGAUAAGAUUACAGCUAUCGGAAAGUGGUAGCGUGCCGUUGUAAUCGAGCCGUCGCGUCGUCGAUUUAACGAUAAUCCCCGGCCCGUAAAGCGGGAAACAGCGCGCGUUUGAAAGUUCAGUCGCUCAGGUGGUUACGUCGCGGAAAGUCGCGGUCGUGUUUCGCUCGCGGUCGCCAACGAGAAUGCCCGUGGACAAGAAGAACCGGCUCGACGUCGCACGUUUCGAAGAUUGAUACGUACCGAUAAAUCACGCUUGCUUCUAAACGCGAUCCCUCCGUCCACGAGUGCGCGAUCCUUUUAAGAUUCUGUCACAGUGUUCUGUACAGCGUGUAGCAUUCGCUCGACGCGAUUUAAACGAUCGAUACGCGUCGGAAAAACGAAAGAGGUAAUAAUCGGGAGAAAAACAAAUACGAUCUCAUCCGGUAGCGAUACGUCGUGGAAUUCGAUACGGUGUGUGACAUGUAUAUCGUGGGCAUUUCUACUACGAUUUGUCAAUGACUCCACGCUCCUGAACAAAGAUAACGUAUCCGAGUUUCUUGCGGUCGAUCGAUCGGCUAACAAGCUUUCGUCGCGCGUUCCUUUCAAGUGCACAGCCUUAAACGGAAAUCGUGGCGACGGACUGAUCGUCGCGGGUGAAAGGAAGACCUGGUGAUCGAAACCACACUUUUUUUUUCAAAAAUAUUUCGUCUCCGUGGAAAAAAUCAGUCGUGCCGCGAUUUUUGCUGCGUCGAAACGAUUACUGACGACAGACUGCGGACGCCGGUCGGAUAUUGCUGAGUUUGGAUAUUCAUGAGCGUCCUAUGGCUCGCGGCGUUGUCGCGAACCGGGUAUUAGAUAGAUCAACGCUUGAAUGAAAGCAAGCGAAUGUGAAUUUUAGCUCGAGGAUGGAAGCUUUUGUCGUUUGAAGGACGUUGCAAACAAUUAAGAUUCGAAGAGCGUUCGACGAAACUGCACCUCCCGAAGAUAACGUGUAAUUGCAAAUGUGAAAUUGUAUUGCAAUACAUGUACACUUGCAGAUAAUACAGAGUUACGAAUUGUGUUUCCACGCGUUUCUCUCUAUACAGCGUGUCCGUUCUCGUCGUACAAGCAAAAUUAUCACGUUUCAUCGCUAGGAAAAGAAUAUAAUUGUAGGUGUCGUGUAACGUACACCCGUUGAGUCACACAUUGUAUUAUUAUUUGCCGUGCCUGUCUCCUUCGAGCUAAUCGCAAUAUCGAUUGUAAUCAAUUACGCAGGCACAUGUAAGUUUAGUUCAGGACGAAAAUAAACCAAACUGUACUUUCUUCGAACGUGAGUUUGUAGGAUGAAGAGCUCUCUGUACGAUCGCAACGUAUUCACUUGAAACAGGAGCAAAUCGAAAUUACCUUCAAAGGUGUUGCAAUCGUGCGGUGGUGAUCGAUCGAGCAUUUACAAGAAUGGAAAGCAUGGAGGAGCGGUCUCCGCUGCUGGAGAGGAAAUUAAGCACCUCGACGAAAAUCGCCUAUGCUUUGGGACAUAUUUUCAAUGACCUAACUGCCGCCAUGUGGUUCUCUUAUACCCUCAUCUACUUUCAAAGGGUAGCUCUACUGGAGCCGAUCGUUGCCGGCGCUCUCUUACUUUUAGGCCAAAUCAUAGACGCAUUUAUGACACCAAUCUUCGGAAUAUUGGUCGACCGGUAUCUGAAGAAGAAGAUCUGGCACAUAAUCGGUUCAGUGAUGAUCACGCUGUCGUUUCCAGUGAUCUUCGGUGGUUUUAGCAAACCGUCAAACGCAGGCAUCAUGCUCGUCUACGUCCUCAGCAUCGCCGUGUUUCAAACUGGCUGGGCAGCUGUGCAGAUAUCACACUUGUCCAUGAUUCCGGCGUUAACGGAUUCACUGCUGGCACGAGCAGAUUUAACUGCAAUAAGGUAUUCCGCUCAAGUUGGUGCAGCUGUCGCGGUGUUCGUCGUUACGUGGAUAGUUCUACCCACAAACGAAGGAGCAAUGAUGCGAUUGGCUGAGCAGGACAGUUAUAAAUUUAGAAAUAUCGUGUUGACUUUGACGUCCAUCGGCCUGGCGGCCACUGUGCUCUUUCACGUAUUUUUAAAAGGGAAUCUCUUAGAGAAUUCCGAUCCGCGCAAAGGGAACGUCGAAGAAGCUAGAAGACUGUUCGAUAAUCCUCAAAACGAUCGGACAAUCUCCUGGGUCAGUACGUCAAUUUUACUAAGAGUAGCCAUGCUGUACGUAGCCAGCAGACUCUUCAUCACGUUGGCAACUGUGUACUUGCCAUUGUACAUAGAAGAAACUGACGCGAAUGGAAAAGAAGCGCUUGCCACCGUUCCGUUGGUCUCUUACUUAUCCUCGUUCGUCGCCGCUUUGUUGCUGAAGUAUAUCAACAAGUCGUGCGGGACAAAGGCGUGUUAUUUGUUAGGCACUUUAAUUGGAAUUCUCUCCGCUGUAAUUACCAAAUAUGGUGGCAAUUCGACGGCAAUUAUAUACAUUGUCGCGAUCCUAAUAGGGAGUGGAAGCUCGAUUACAAUGGUCACAGCAUUGAGCGUGACGGCAGAAAUAAUUGGUCCACGAACGGAGCGGAGCGCCGUCGUCUAUUCGAUCGUGACUUUCCUCGACAAAGUCGUUACAGGCCUGGUGGUCAUUUCUAUCGAGAGAUGGAGGUGCACGGAACCAGCGUUCUGUCCAAAUUACAACAGAGACACUCUGGCUCUCGUUUGCGUCCUCUCCAUGUCUUUGGGACUCGUUACGUUGUUUUCAAUUUCGCGAUGUUUAACAUAAGGAAAUCCCAUCUCCGUAGCCAAAGCUGCUUUCAUUUUCGUAUUUUCGCACUUACGUUUACGUUUACUACACGCAGAAAAAAAAAAAUCAAACCCUCUUGACAAUGUGGAAAGGUUAUGUGGAACGUUUGAGAAGAAUAAAGAAAGAGAACCUA